AUGAACGUAGAGGAGAGACCUGGAACAUCAUUUACGUCAAAGAGACAGGUUUAAACUGAAUAAAGAAAACGAUAAUAAAUGAAUUUAGGUACUUUGGAGACUGAGGAUAAAAGUGUAAGAGUAGUGGUGCUUAUUAUAGACAGGAAUGAAAAUUAGGCCAAUUACUCAAGAUCAAUAGAGAAACAGUUUGUAAUAGAAGAGAUAGAAGAUGAUUCCAUAGGCANAAUAGUUUUAUUUAUACCUUCACAUACGAAGUUUACAUAAUUGA